CAGGUGGGGAGUUUUAAGCGGGAGAUGACCUUCACGUUUCAAUCAGAGGACUUCAGACGUGACUCCAGUAAGAAGCUGUCUCAUCACCUGUUCCCACUGGCCAUGGAGGAAGAUGUGAGAACAGCAGACACCAAAAAGGCCAGUCGGAUCCUUGACCAAGAAAAGGAAACUCGCUCCAUUUGCCUUCUUGAGCAGAAGCGGAAAGUGGUUUCCUCCAAUAUUGAUGUCCCUCCCGCAAGAAAAUCUUCAGAGGAACUUGACAUGGACAAGGUGACUGCAGCCAUGGUAUUGACCAGCUUGUCAACCAGCCCUUUGGUUCGAAGCCCUCCUGUGCGGCCUAAUGAGGGUCUCAGCGGGUCCUGGAAGGAAGGAGCACCAUCCAGCAGCAGCAGCAGCGGCUACUGGAGCUGGAGCGCUCCGAGUGACCAGUCCAACCCAUCCACACCCUCUCCACCACUGUCCGCUGACAGCUUCAAGCCCUUCCGUAGCCCCGCACUGCCGGACGAUGGCAUUGAUGAGGCAGAGGCCAGCAACCUGCUCUUCGAUGAGCCCAUUCCCAGGAAGAGAAAGAACUCCAUGAAGGUGAUGUUCAAAUGCCUUUGGAAAAACUGUGGCAAGGUGCUGAACACGGCAGCCGGCAUCCAGAAGCACAUCCGAGCCAUCCACCUCGGGCGAGCUGGGGAGUCUGACUGCAGUGAUGGCGAAGAAGACUUCUACUACACGGAGAUCAAGCUCAACACCGAUGCAGUGGCUGAAGGCCUGAACAGUGUGGCCCCGGGUUCGCCCUCCCAGUCCCUGGCUUCACCCCCUUCAUUUCCCAUCCCAGACUCCAGCCGAACAGAAACUUCUUGUGCCAAAACAGACCCUAAGCUGGCGACGCCGCUGAGCCGCUCCGCCCCCACCACCCUCUACCUUGUACACACCGACCAUGCUUACCAGGCCACGCCCCCGGUAACUAUUCCAGGAUCUGCUAAGUUCACCCCCAAUGGCAGCAGUUUCAGCAUUUCUUGGCAGUCUCCUCCAGUCACUUUCACGGGCGUUCCGGUGUCUCCAACACAUCAUCAUGCACCAGGCUCAGGAGAGCAGAGACAGCACACCCAUACGACCCUGUCCUCCCCACCCCGAGGGACAAUCACUCUAAGGAAGCCCAGAGGAGAAGGCAAAAAGUGCCGCAAGGUUUAUGGGAUGGAAAACAGGGACAUGUGGUGCACUGCCUGCCGCUGGAAGAAGGCCUGCCAGCGGUUCAUCGACUGAGCCAUUCCUGCCUCUCCUUCCUUCCAAAGGCCCAGGGAAGGCCCUUCCUGGAAUUCCAGGAAUAUAAUUCCUUGGUGGAAUUAAAGCAAAAAAUAAAGGCAAAAAAAUCAGCUCUGAGAACCAGG